AUGCGUCAAUCACUGCGGCUAUUGAACCUGGAGGUGUCACCCCUCCAAGGGUCCAGAUCACUUUACAUUUGUUCAAUCUGUAGACAGGACGUGCGACCGCGCCCCGUCGUUGUCCGUCAAUUCCUGCGAAAUGCCUCGAACGCAACACCUCUCACCGAACGAGUGCGCCGCAAGAUUUGGGGAACAGACAAUCCUCCAGGCUUGAAAGAUCCGUAUGGAGGCGAAGGUGUUUUGGAGCGGAAAUGGAAGAAGCAGCCUGGGCAACAAGAGGAAGAACCGGCUCGCGGGUCCACUGAAGCUCUGGAAUCUCAGAGCGAGGAUGUCUUACCUGAUACCUACGAGCCCGCAACAACAUGGGAGCGUCUUCCUCGCGUUGGACACCUGGGGAAAUGGUCAGACCUUCCCCCUACGGAAGCUGAUGUCUUCAACCCCUUCAUGCUCAAGAAGAAACUGACCAAGGAGGGCCACCUUCAUUUGGCCGCUCACCAAGCCGCAGUCGAACUGUGCCUGAUGCAUGCGCUGAAGAAGCCACUCACGAAGAUCUGCGACGUCGCGGAACAUGAGAAGCCCGUUUUCAAACUGAUCUGGAAGUGCAAGAUUGAUCCGAAUGCAGAGAGUCAGUGGGGCCAGUCUUUGGUCUAUCCGGACGACGAGGCGAAGGAUGUUCUCGUUUACAUCUUCGAGCAGAUUGGUGGACGAGCUGAUACAACCGCCGCACCAGCCGAGGAAGAAGUGCAAGAGGACGUUGAGACAGAGGAAUAUGAGGGACCCGUCGAAGACUCGAUAGACUCGAUAUCACAGGCCCCCGCCCCUCCAUUCUUCGGUUACCGUAGUGUGCAGGAUAAGGGAUUCCUCUCCCUGUCAUUGAACGAUCCAGAAACGAAAUUUGCUUUCCUGAAGAGACUGUCUCAAUUGAGCGGUCACUAUUUCCCCGAUCCUGUCAUGCAUUCCAUCUCCACAGUCAAGCAGGCCGUGGAAUACCUCGAGGGAGUCGUCAAUCCGAAACCCACCAAGUUGGCCGAUCAACUAGCCAACAACCCCGAGCUUCAGCACCUGCCUAACGUCAAGCUUUUUACCAAGCGACAAACAGCUUUGAACAAGGAUGAGGAAUUGGGUCGGAAGAAGAUCAUUGAAUCUGAACUUCGCGCAAGAGGCCUCACUGAAUAA